UGUUUAUCAUAUCGAUUACAAAUAAAAAACAAGUUAAUGGAGUCCUCGACGAAUCUUUUAGAAAAUGCGCAUCUCCGUAGCAAGAUUCGUGGAUAUGACCGGGAUCACAGACUGGAGUGCCGCAUAAAGGUCAAGGACUCGCUUCGUAUUGGUUUGGGGCAGGUGAAGCAGGAGGUGGAGGCCCUGGAAAGCCUCGGAACAAAGGAUGUUACGGGAAUGGCCGCCAGAAUUAAGCGGCGAAAGCACGCCAGCUCGGAGGAUAUGUGUCGCCUGUCUCUGGCCUUCCUCCAGGGAAACGAAAACAUUGACGCCUUUGCUGCCAUUCCUGGCGCCAUUCAGGUGUUGGUUAAGGAGCUUACUGGCCCUCACAUUCAGCGCCAGAUUGAUGCUGUUGAAUGCUUGUGUAACCUUACGCUGGGAGAGGCCCAUGUCUCCGAAAAGAUUGUCAGUUUGGCGGGAAGCUAUAUGAUCACCUAUCUAGAUGGCAAGGAGGAGCGCCUGAAGCGCUGCUGUCUGUGGUCUUUGGCUAACAUUUUGGCAUCCUGCGACAAGGCAGGCAGGACUUUGUUGCAGAUGCAGUUGGUGCCGAAAUUGUGGAGACUCUACAAUGAACCCCAUGGCUGCCAAGAGGAUGCAGGCGUCUGCCUAUCUUUGGUGGUAACACACUGUCUGCGGCAUGUCAGUGAUGAAGAUCGAAGGUACGUAGCGCAACAUUUGCAACGGAAUCGCCUAAUGGAUCCCAGCAGCGAGCUCUAUAUGUACAUUGUGCAUCAAAUGGGAAUUGUCGGACAGGAAUAUGAUCUAAAUGCAGAGCAGGCUGAAUACUUGGUGAACUCCUUUGAAUCCAUUUUGGACCUAGACCCAACACCUGAAAGCCUUAGCCUCAUCUACGGAAUGCGCGUGAUAACCAAUUUAGCAGCCCUAGGAGACCGAAACCUAAUGGGAAAUUUCGUAGACCCACAGAAAUUUGUAAAAGCCCUGAAUCAACUCUUUGCAUUGCGAAAUUCCAAUCUCAAUAUGGACUUGAUGCGAUUGCUUAAGAAUUAUCUUAGUUUAAGCAUCGUGGACUGCGAACUUCUACUGGAUAGCUUGAAGAUAUACGCACAGGCCUAAGGUUAUAAGUCUUGCAAAUCUCUUUAUUGGUCUGAGUAUACAUAGAAAUAUUAAGCCAGGGGCUUUAAGUAUUUAAGAAGGGGAAACAAACAUGGAUUACGACUAUGGAGGAAUUUACCCCGAAGGGAUGACAAAAUAAAAUACAAUAAAAUAAAUAAUAACCAAACAAAUAAAAAAAA